AUGGAUGCGGCAAUGUCCAGCCAGGGGGCCGGAACCCAGGACCCUGGCGCCGCAACCCUGGACCAGGGGGUGCCCAGAACCCAGGAAGACGUCGACGGGGGCGUGGAGCACAAACUCGAUCUGCUGCUUGCAAAGUUUGAGGUAUUCUCACAGCAACAGCAGCAGCUCCUGCAGGACCUCGCCCAACGGCUCCCGAGCGCCUCAGCACCGGAGGUCGUGGCAGUACCGCUGCGGAAGCGCCCGUCGCAGCAGCAGUUGACGGUUCCUGACAAGUCGCCGCGCAGCAAAGCGAAAACCAAUGAGGAGAGUCAGGCAGAUCAGUCGCUCUUGAGUCUGCAGUCCAACUCGGCCUCUGACUGGCGCAUGGAGGAAGGGAACUUCGCGCCAGCCCUCGCCAAAGCCUUGCCCAGACCUGAUCCAGGUCGCCUGAGCAGGGCUGCGUCGCUGGUUUCGGUUGGCAGCGCGUCGCCGCGGCCGAGUUCGCCCGGCCGCAGCACGGCGCUGGCCUCGGCGUGGUACCAGGAGAUUCGCAGGGGCUCCUUUGACCGGAAUGGCCCGGCCGGAGGAGGACGGAGCUUGUCUCAGAGCAGCAUCGCAUCGGUCCCGUCGGUGCUGGAGAUGAAUUCCGCAUUCGUGCACGCCGUCGUGCAGAGCUGGAAGCCAAGUGGCGGACCCUGGCGAAACAUACGCUCACCGGAAAGCUCAGUUCAAGGAGAAGGCUCCAACGGCGCCCGCUCGUCAGACGUGCCAGCCAAGCAGCUCUCCGCUCCGCAGGAGCCAGAGGCCGAGGACUCGCCCGACCUCCAGCGGAAAGCGGAUAGCCGAAUGAACCUUCCUGGCCUUCUGGAGGUCAGCCCAGUGAACUCCUCGUCGCAACCGAUCAGGCUGUCUGGCGGCAGGCUAUCUGGCGGCGCCACGCCUAACCAGGGCAAUGACGUGACGAUGAUGAGUUUGACACACCAUUCGCAGGCCUUCAUCAUCGACAAGUUCAAUACCGCAACCGUGGCGGAUACGCCUCCACUGGAGGAGGACUUGGGAUGUUGGCUUGCGCUGAACUUCCCCCGUGUACUUUAUGCACUUUUCGUCAUUUUUGCCUUCGCGGAGACUGGUGUGAUGGUGGCACUGAAGGUCCUGGGCUACGUUGAAAGCGUCGGGUACAGCUUCGCACUCACGGCGAGCGUGCUCUACGGCUUGAGUGCAGCUGUUUGCAUCUACCUCCUUCGUCGCGCGCUGACGUCCGGGGAUCUGUCGGCGGCCAUGUCUAAUCUCCAUUUGUUUGUGGGGCAAUGCAGCAUGACCUGGAAACGGCUCUCUGCACGCGAAGCAAGCAGAAUGGUCGUGGUCUGGGUGCUGCUCAUGACGACCUUUGCGCUGUCACACGCGCUGGAAGAGUGGAAAGCCCAGGAUGGCGUGGUCUAUAAGAACAACGAGGAUAUCAAGAUCUUGCGCUAUGUGAUGGCGGCUCUCUCGGUCUUGAGCUUUUGUAUGGCAAGCGCCGUGGUCGUGAUUGUGGCCUAUGUGCAGUCACACUUUCUGUUGGGCAUGGACAAGAGCCUGGACUGCUGGUGCUGCAGCCUCUUAGAGGCCAGCGACUUCCACGUCGGCGUGGAGAGCUGGAACUGCCUCCAGGCAAUGCUGAAGAGCAUCGGGCGGCAGUUGGCCAGCAGCUUUUUGGCGGCACAGCUCAUGGGGGCGGUGGGCUUCGUCUACUUCCUGGCCAGCUGCGUGACCUUUGCCUUUCAGACGGGCUUUGCCGUGGAGCAAGUCUUCCAGGAAGCACUUUCGGCUUUGCCCUUGCUGUUCCUCUUUGGUCUGGGCCUCCGCGUCUUCUCGCACGGCGCGGCAUUGACCGAGAAGUGCCGAGUUAUUCCAGCGUUUGUCAACCAGAUACCGUCGCCGGAAGUCAUUGAUCAGGAACGUCAGUACUUGGUCCGUUUCGUCGCAGAUAGCUCUGCCGGAUUCUUUGUUGGAGAUGUCCGGCUGACGCGCGAGAUGCUUCUCAAGAAUUUCAUUAUCGUAGGAGGUGUCCUGUCCGGCCUGGUGGGCGUUCUAUCCCGGAUCCCGGUGGGCAUCUAA